AAGAAUCAUUUAUUCUUGAGGUGCCAUUCAUACACUUAACUCUCCUGAAAUUGACAAAUCUUAUCUGGGAAAAAGAAAAAAAAAAAAAGGGGAAUUGACACAUCUUAUACAUUUGACGCGCAUCUUAACGCGUGAUUGGAACAUUCUACUUCAAGCGCAUGACAAAAAGGAAACACCAUACUCAACCCAUCAGAAAACCAUUUCUGCAUCCCUGCUUUAACUUGUUUCUUUUUUAUCUGAUUGAUUUCUCUUUAUCUAAUCUUCCGAUAAACCCCACUAAAAACGUUGGAUUUUUUUUUUCUGGAAAAUAUAUUUUUAAACUCAGGUUUAAUCGAUUGAGAUUUGGAUGCUCUAAAGAGAAAUUUAAAGAGAAACCCACUUCUUGUGUUUCCAUUCUAAAGAUACCCAUUUGAAGAAGGUCUUUUUGUUAGAUCCAAUUUGAUUCAGAAAUGAUGAGUUUGGGAUGGUGGAUUUAGGUGUAGAUCUUGGGUGGAUUUUGGUGUGAGAUGGAUAUUGGUUUGAAAUUUUGGGUACCCAUUUUGAGAAAUUGUUACUCUUCUUUGAAUUUGUGCCUCUUUGAUGUUACUUGAUUAAUCUUGCUAUCGUUUGUAAAGUUGAGUUGGGUUUUUUUUCUUUUUUAGUAGAUUUUUUUUUUUUUUUUGUAGUAGAUUUUUUUUUUUUGGGUUGUGAGAGAAGAAAAGAGAAAAAACAUGUUUUGGAGGGAACGUGAGAGGGAGAACAAAGAGCUUAAUGGAGGACCUCCUUGUGGGCAGAUUAGAGUUCUUGUUGUUGGUGAUUCAGGUGUGGGGAAAACUUCUCUUAUUCAUCUGAUUGUCAAAGGCUCUUCCACUGGUCACCCUCCUCAAACUAUUGGAUGUACAGUUGGUGUGAAGCAUACCACAUAUGGUAGUCCUGGUAGCUCUUCAAGUAGCUUAAAAGGGGAUGCUGAGAGAGAUUUCUUCAUUGAACUCUGGGAUGUGUCAGGACAUGAGCGAUACAAAGAUUGCCGGUCUCUUUUUUAUUCAAAAAUUAAUGGUGUUAUUUUUGUUCAUGAUCUUUCCCAAAGGAGAACAAAAGCAAGCCUGCAGAAGUGGGCAGCUGAGAUUGCCGCAACUGGGACAUUUUCAGCUCCUCUAGGUUCUGGAGGUCCUGGGGGACUUCCUGUCCCAUAUAUUGUUAUUGGUAACAAAGCUGAUAUUGCUGCUAAAGAGGGUACAAGAGGUAGCAGUGGAAAUCUUGUCGAUGUAGCUCGUCAGUGGGUUGAGAAGCAGGGUUUGCUUCCAUCUAGUGAGGAGCUUCCACUGACUGAGAGUUUUCCUGGUGGUGGAGGCCUUAUUGCAGCUGCCAAAGAUGCUAGAUAUGACAAGGAAGGUGUAAUGAAAUUUUUUCGUAUGUUGAUUAGGAGAAGAUAUUUUCCAGAUGACUUACCAACUGCAAACACAUGGUCCAUAACUCCUGUUCAGAGAACUUCUCAACGUUUAGAUGAAAAUUCCAGUGAUGAUGAUCAGUUCUAUUUGUACAAGCGUAAAAGUUUGAGCGGUGACCCUUACAAUUACAACAUGCUUCCUCCCCUACCAGCUCAGCGCAAUCUGACUCCACCUCCCACGCUUUACCCUCAACAGCCAGUUUCAGUGACUGAGAAUUACAGCCUCCCAAGAUUCUCCUUUACUGGCCCCCAAGAAAUCAGCAGCACCAUCAGAUCAAAGCGCUCAGAUAUCAAUGUCUGAUGCAAUAUCAUUUCCAAUGUUUGCUACAAAACAAUCACCAUUGCCGGGAGGGGAAAUUUUGUGUUGGCCGUAUUAUUCGUUGCUCCAUAUUUUUCCCCCUUAUUCGUUUUGCUUGUAAAACUGGCAUGUCAAUUCUUUUAUAUCCUUGGCCAUAAACAAAAGUUGUAAGGAAAGGGUUUCUGGGUUUUACAGUUUAACUGGAUGUAUAAUUAUUGAUUGUUUGCCUCCCACCAAAAUAUAGGCGAUUCUUUUCAAUCAAACCUUCUUUUUCUUUCAUAUUCCCC